AUGUUAGAAUCUAGCAGCAGGAAUAGAGUGAGUUGGAAUUGUCCUUCCUUCUGCCCUUCCCCUCCGCGUGACGUCCUGCCUUCCUGGUAUCCCCCUUUCUCCUCUCUGUGUAACAUUCUCGCAGCGAGUGAGGUGGGAGUGUCAGUGGCGCUGGUAGAACCGGCCAUCAAAGGGUCGACUGCUGGCGGCGGCGGCAACGACCCCACUGCGAGUGAGGUGGGAGUGUCAGUGGCGCUGGUAGAACCGGCCAUCAAAGGGACGACUGCUGGCAACGGCGGCAGCAACGACUUGACUGAUACUAGAGCUAACGAGGUGGGAGUGUCAGUGGCGCUGGUAGAACCGGCCAUCAAAGGGACCACUGCUGGCGGCGUCGACAGCACCGACCUGACUGAUACUACAGCCAUGGCAGCAAAUGCUUCAGCGGCCACCGACCUGGUGCGGCUGUAUGUGCGAAUGGGCACGGUGGUGCUCCUCGGCUCGCUCGCGCAGCCACGCUCCGUCCGAUUCGACUUUGAGCGCUGCGUAUCCGUGCCUGAAGUCGCGUCUGCGAGCGGUGGCGGCGAUGCGAGCGUUGAUGGCGGUGCGAGCGGCAGCAGCGGCGGUGCGAGCGGCAGCAGCGGCGGCGCGAGCGGCACCGGCGCGGUGUACGCGAGCAGCGGCGGUGGCGGCGGAGGAGGAGGAGGAGGAGGAGGAGGAGGCGCUGUGGAUGCGCUGGUGUGGUGGGACGUGUUUUUGGGUGACCCGUUUUUCGAGCGCACGGUGUGCGACGCGGUGCAGCUGUUUGUGUCGCCUGACUGCUCGGGUGCUGCAGCGGCAAAGUACCAAAACACGGCUUACCACACAAGGGACAUGAGUGCGCUCAAGAUGGACGCAUAUGUGAAGUCCAUCCGCUGCGUUGUUGACAACAUCUGCAGCCGUGUCAAGUGCCCGGCACACUCCACAUGCAUCAAGACAAACGACAGCCUGGAGGUGGGGUGCCAGUGCGCCCAGGGCUACCGUAAAGCCGCAGCGGCAGCCGCGCUGCUCGUUGUCGCGCUUCUCACCGGUACGCCGCGGCCUCCCUUCGUCGCGGCGAAGAAGACCGUGAAUGCGCCAUGCCGCGGCAUGCGGCAUGCCCCGAGUAACGCCGGAGCGUCGCUGGGAGCACCUGCCUCCGCCGGCAAGCCGGUGAUGAGCGGGAGCGCGAGCGCGAUCGAGGUGGUGAGCACGGCGCGCUUUCCCGCCCCCGCCGCCGCCGCCGCCGCGGCGGUGGGCGCCGCCGCCGCGAGCGGCACGGCGGUGGCGAGCGCGACCGCGGGCGCGAGCGAGGUGGUAACCGCCGCGAGCGAAACGGUGAAAGCGUGGCUCGUGGUGGAGUCGCUCAUGAUCCUCGGGUCGCUCGCGAAGCCCAGCAUUGUCGCCUUCUCCGCGGGCCUCUGCGGCGCGCCGAGCGUGUGGGGGACGAAUGUGCAGGCGCUCUUGCUUUGGGACGUGACUGGAGGCCUCGCUACGGGUUAUCACGUUCCGUGCGUCGCGCUGCAGGCUUUCGCGUCUGCGGAUUGCUCCGGCGUGACGGCUGGGAGACUCACUGCCCCACCCCCAGCCGUUGGAAACGUGCAAACCAUCAAGCUGACCACACCUCUCAAGUCCUUCCGCUGCGUUAUCGACAACAUCUGCCAGAGGGCCAAUGCGUCAAGGGUUACCGGGCCGUCAAUGACAAAUGCCAGCCCCAGUAGCCUUCCCUUUGACCUAGCCCUCCAGCCCCACUGCUAUGCUGUCACAGCACAACUCCUCAAUAAAUAG